AGCAUCGCUGGCAGAUUACUCGUCAUUCUCCUUCCGCUCCCCCAGCUUGUUCUCUCUUCUAUUUUCCUCUUCGACCUCGAUUUACUGGCUGCUGGCUGCCUGCACGAGAUCUAAUACACCUUCCAGGCCUUGCUUUCGCAGCCACCAGCUUCCGCUAUGGCUUCUACAGGAAACCAACAGCACACCUUCCCGGCUGUACCUCCGUCUCUCUCCGCUGGCGAUCAUGAGAUGCGAGACUACUACGCCCCUCAAGAAGCACCACGACCUACCUUAAACCAAACACCAUACCUCAAACCAUACCUCGGCCUUCGAGCUAGGCUCUCACAGAUAUGGAUCAACCGCUGGACUAUCCUUCUCAUCCUCGUCCUCGUCAGGCUUCUCUUCGCCAUCGCGAGCACCGACUCAAGCCUUACUUCUGCUCGCAGGGAAGCCCUCAGCGCAUGCACCCAGGUCGAGAACAUUGGGAGCUCCAUGGCUUCCAUGCCCCACUUCAUGUCCAAAGGCAUCAAUGAAAUGACUGCUACCGGAGUCGAGAAGGCAGUGAAUGGACUCAUGACCAUGAUGGACCUCAGCGUCACUGGAGUCGAAGAAAUCGUUCUCUUCGUCAUUCACAUGAUGACAAGCACUUACCUCUGCCUGAUCACUCUUGCCGUCAGCGGCAGUCUGCACGCUGCAGUCGAAAUUGGCAAUGCAAUCGCCAAGAACCUCGACGAGACCGUCGACGAGGUCACCAACGAGAUGAGCGGUGCCGUUAAAUCGGUCACCGACGGCAUCAACAGCAUCAUCGACAAGAUCAACUUCCCGUUUGGCCCUGACUUCACGAAACCCGAGAUCAACCUUGACGACGAAAUUAACAAGCUCAAAGCACUCGAGGUGCCACCGGAGCUGCAGCAAGGACUCCAAGAGCUCAACAAGUCAAUUCCGACCUUCGAAGAUGUGCAGAACUUCACUGACAACAUCAUCCGCCUCCCGUUCGAGGAAGUCAAGAAGCUCAUCGCUGGCAUGGACAACUUUACCUUUGACCGAGAGCUUCUGCCGGUGCCGCAAAAGGAGCAGCUCAACUUCUGCUCCGAGGGCAAUUCAAUUAACAACUUCUUCGACGAUCUUAUCCAGAUGGGCUACACGGCACGCAAGAUUGCUCUUGGCGUGCUCAUCGCCCUCGCGAUUGUCGUCUGCGUCCCUAUGGCGUAUAUGGAAAUUCGACGCUAUCGCAGGAUGGAACAACGCGCUGCACUUUUUGGAGAUGGACACGAGGCGAUGGACGUCGUCUACCUGGCGUCUCGUCCUACCUCGUCCGGCUUCGGCUUGUGGCUUGGCCGCCGCUUCGGCUCUGCUCGUCGUCAAGCGAUCAUGCGCUGGGCUUGGGCUUACGCUACCUCCGUUCCCAUGCUCUUCUUGAUCUCCCUGGGUAUCGCAGGACUCUUUUCCUGCUUCUGCCAAUACCUCCUACUGAAGGGCAUUGAACAGAAGGUCCCCGAGCUCACGGAUCAAGUCGCCGAUUUCGCCGAAAAAGUCGUCACAUCGCUCAACAACGCCUCCAUGUCAUGGUCGGGCGGUGUGAAUGGCGCCAUUGACAAGCUCGACGGCGAGAUCAACGACGAGAUUCUCGGUUGGGUCAACACUACGACGACCGCAGUCAACGAUACCCUCAACACCUUUGUCGACAAGAUGAGCACCACGCUCAACGAUACUUUUGGCGGUACUGUUCUCUACGAUCCGAUCAAAGAAGUUCUCAACUGCCUGAUCGGAUUGAAGAUUGCCAGCUUCCAGAAGGGUCUUACUUGGGUCCAGGACCACGCCCACGUCAAUUUCCCGGGUGUGAAAAACGACACAUUUUCUCUCGGAGCCCUCGCCCAGCUAAGCGACUCCGACUCAGCGGCUGAGUUGCUUGCCAAUCCCAACGGCAAAGCCAAGGAUGAAGUCACCGAAGCCAUCGACCACGUCAUCGACAAGCUUAUUAGUGGCAUCCGCACCGAGGCGCUCAUUUCGACUACCCUCAUCGUUAUCUGGUUGUUGAUCGCGCUCGGUGGCCUCAUCUACGCUUGCACUCAUCUGGCGCGCCGCGACUCUGCAACAGGCACAGCCUACGUCAUUGAUCCUGCUAUCGACAACGCCCCAAAGACCCAGGAGUAUCCCGGCGACGCUGCGCCACCGUACGAGUAUCCGGUAAACAAGGCUGCACCGUACACUCUGCAGCCCCGAGCUUUCCCAACGUAUGGGCCAAGCGACAGUGCUGCCCAAUCCGAAAAGGUCGGCCAAGUGGACGCUCAUGCGGUGACUGACUCCGCACGUCCUGGACAUGCCCGUGUGAGUAGCUAUGGCCAACUCGCAGAACCCUCUCCACUCGACGAGAAGCAAAAUCCAUUCGCUGAUCGACCCCGCGAGAAGAAUCCUUUCGCGGAUUAGACCCAUUUGUCGAUAAUUCGCGCGCUUCCCCGACCUUUACGCUUGCGUCUUGAGUCUAAGAAGCGCGCGGACUGCUACAUCGGCCUGUGACGAGACGUAAUUGCUCAGGUUACGUACCUUGGUCCCUAGGUCUCCUUCUCAGAUGAUGCUUUGCUCUCUGAGAUACCCCAGAUUGACGGAGCUAUGCUUCUCUCUGGUAU